GGUGUUUAUACUGACAUUAAUAAGUGGCACCCGUACUUUGCCAAGUGUGCGUAUGUGUUUAUAGCAAUUUUACCGGCAUUGUAUUUACAGCGCUGGAUAUAUAUAUAUAGAAUAACGCCAAAUCGGGACCCCUGUCAAAACUAAGAAUAUAGCGGCCAGUGUACAUGUAGAAAGGGUACACGGCGCCGCGGCAGAAGAUCAUCGAACCCCGACAGGCCCGCCUUCCCCGUCUCUUGUCAGUGGUUCGCUGUCACGGUCUGCACUGGACACCCAACCGGGUCACUCGGAGCCGUCAUGCCAGUCUGCGAUUCGAUACGUAGGCAUUUAGCCAUUAAAAGUAACUUGGCACGUGGAAUUCUCGCUGAGAUGGCCGGAACCUUCAUACUUGUUUUAUUCGUGGAUGGCGGAUUAGCCCAAGCCGCAGUGAGCGGCUACACAUCCGGCACACGUGUCUCCACCGCGCUGACCUCAGGCAUGGGCGUGGCAUUUGGGAUCUACACUGGUGUAGGGGUGUCAGGAGGCCACGUGAAUCCAUCAAUUACUGUGGGCCUGGCAUCGGUUGGCAAGUUUGCGUGGCGACGGGCCCCACUCUGGAUAGCAGCUCAAUUCAUCGGCGCAUUCGUCGCAGCAUAUGUGGUGUAUGGGAUAUACUACCCUGGGCUGGAUCAUUUUGACAACGGGAACCGGACAGUUUUUGGACCUACUGGGACAGGAGGGAUCUUCUGCACCUAUCCGCAGCCAUACUUUGGGCUCUGGGUAGGUCUCGCUGAACAGAUUAUUAACACCGGUCUCUUGCUGCACUGCACCCUGAUGUUUUUCGACGAGCGAAAUGGUAAACCGACUAAAGGGAUGGAGCCGUUCUUUGUGGGUCUGUCCGUGGCAGUUAUCAUUCUGGCAUGGGGACACAACGCUGGAGCGCCCAUGAAUCCAGCCAGGGACUUGGCCGGUCGGUUGCUGUCCUGGCAGGUCGGAUACGGAGCUGAUGUGUGGCAGCCUCAUGGAAUGCACUGGUGGUGGGUGCCAACCUUUGUACCGCUACUAGGGGGGCUGUGCGGGGCCAACUUUUACUUCUUAUUCGUGGAAAUGCACCACCCAAAGAAUGUCGGCGAAAGUUCUGCCAACGAGGGGACACCUUUAGAAGAGACAGGUGCUUGAUAGCUGAAAUAUCCUGAAAACAGGUACCUAAUUAGCAAAAUCUUUCAGAAAACACGAGAUUCUACAAUUAUGUAGUCACUUCUCAACGAAGAAAGGAGACCCUCCCCCCCAAAAAGGGAUAAACUGAUU